UGCUACGUGGUUCUCUCACCCGCGCAGAGAACUCUGGGAAAGCGAGUCCACGCUCUGAAUAAUUCAAACCCCCCCUUUGCUUCUCUUCCACUGCUAUCAAGAUGCCGGCCGUACAUCACAAACUGCUCCUGGAGGAAGCUUUACAGGACAGUCCUCAGACUCGCUCCUUGCUCAGUGUGUUUGAAGAAGAUGCUGGGAUGCUUACAAACUACACCAACCAGCUGCUCCAGUCGUUGCAGCGGGUGUUUGGAGCCCAGAGCGAGAUGGGAUUGGCCACAGAGCAGCUCUCGCAGCAGCUUUUGGAAUAUGAAAAGAAAAAUUUUGCCCUUGGAAAAGGUGAUGAAGAGGUAAUCACCACGCUGCAGAACUUUGCCAAAACUGUGGGGGAGCUGAACUCGCUCCACUCUGAGCUAGCCAACCAGAUGGCCGACAGCAUGGUUUUCCCAUUGAUCCAGUUCCGAGAGAAAGACCUCACAGAGAUAAGCACAUUGAAGGAAAUAUUUGGCAUCGCCACUGAUGAGCAUGAGGCAGCUAUGGUCAAGUACAGCCGACUCCCCAAGAAGAAGGAGAAUGAGAAGCUGAAGUCAGAUUUGGUGAAGGAGGUGGCCUACACUCGAAGGAAGCAGCACCAGGCCUCGCUGCAGUAUUACUGCGCCCUCAACGCCCUGCAGUAUCGCAAGAGAAUAGCUAUGCUCGAGCCCAUGCUGGGCUACACACAGGCACAGAUCAGCUUCUUCAAGAAAGGCAUUGAGCUGGUGUCAAAGAAGAUGGACAUUUUUCUCUCCUCUGUGUCCAAGAUGACCCAAAACAUCCAGACUCAACUGGAUGCAGAGGCUGAGACAAUGCGUGUGUCCCAGAGGGAGCUUCUGUCUGUGGAGGACACUGUCUAUAUGCCAGAUAAGGACACUGAGCCUGUCAAUCGCACGCUUAUCCAGAAGGCCGGCUACCUCAACAUUCGAAAUAAAACAGGCCUAGUGACCACAGCCUGGGACAGACUGUACUUCUUCACCCAGGGAGGGAACCUCAUGUGUCAGCCGCGUGGGGCGGUGGCGGGCGGCAUGGUGCUGGACCUGGACAACAGCUCUGUCAUGGCUGUGGAGUGUGAGGACAGACGCUACUGUUUCCAGAUAACCUCCCCCUCAGGCAAAACGUCAAUGAUUCUCCAAGCUGAGAGCAAGAGAGAAUAUGAAGAAUGGAUUUGCACUGUGAACAACAUCUCCAGACAGAUCUAUCUGACUGACAACCCAGAGGCUGUGGCCAUCCGACUGAACCAAACAGCCAUCCAGGCAGUCACCCCCAUCACCAGCUUUGAGAAGAGACCAGAAGGCUCACCCAACCCUGACAGAGCGAAGCCAGGCGGCAUACAUGGUGCCAGCGGCGCUUCGCAGAAGACGGGAGCUGCUCCGGAACCAGAGGACCUGAUAGCCCCAGGGACACCCAUUCAGUUUGACAUCAUGCUGCCUGCCUCCGAGUUUCAGGACCAGAACAGGGCUGGGGGGAGACGCACAAAUCCAUUUGGAGAAACAGAUGAUGACUGUUCAACAGAAAGUGACGACUCCCUCCUGCAACAGGUAUUUGCUGUGCGCUUCCUGGGCUCAAUGGCGGUACGCUGUGGCAACAAUCAAGAGGUCAUCUACGAGGCCAUGAGGCAGGUGCUGGCUGCCCGAGCCAUCCACAACAUCUUCAGGACCACCGAGUCCCACCUCAUGGUCACCAGCAGUUGCCUCAGGCUGAUUGACCCUCAGACUCAAGUUACGAAAACAAGCUUCCAGCUCGGAGAGGUGUGUCAGUUUGCAGCCCACCAAGAGAAUGGGAGGCUGAUGGGGUUCGUAGUUGAGGGCAGGGACUGGAGUGAUGGAGAUGAAGAGGGAGAGCCGUCGUUCAGCGCCUUCGUCUUUGAGAGCAACACAGAGGGUGAAAAGAUAUGUUACACCAUUAGCUUGGCAAAGGACAUUACAGAAGCUAAGAAGGACCCAGAGGCCCUGGCCCAGCUGAUGAAGAACAUGCCUCUAAGCAACGAUGGCAAAUUCCUGCUCCUGGAGCCUGAGACGGGCGACACAACCAGCGGAUCAGGACAAGAUGACUUGGAGUCUGAGGCCUAGUCCCAAAAACAAGACCAGGGCCACAACUUUUACCCAGGAGAGAAGCCUUUCCAUGGAUGAAGGUGUCAUCACGACUCCCUAGGCCUAACUCUGGUACUGUAACACCCAUAUUAGAGAGUGUAGUUCACUUCCAUUCACCUCGUGUUAUUAAAUCUCCAGUUUUUUGCUGUGAUGAAAGCAGAGGAGGGGCUGCCCGGACCAAAAAAACACAUCUAAUGGAUGAUGCUCCAUCAGUUUUCUGCAGCCAGACUAUAGCAUGGGUUUUUGGAUUUGAAAUUUAAACACCACUGUUAAUGAUACUUACAUCAAAAGGGACUCUAUUAUUGGUAUUGAUUGUGUUUCAUUGUCUUCUAAUAUUCCCAGCCUUCUAACAAGAAGGUGGCGAAUCAUUUGCUUCAGUUUAGGUUUACAUUCAUUUUUAGGUUUACAUAGUUUGGAGUUGGUUUGGACAGUUAAUUCCUUUACGUUGUUUUACUUGUUAACUUGUAUGUAAAGCUCUUAUGCAACUUCUUUGGCAUUUAUGCGUAUACAAAAAAGUUAUUGCACUUCCGAGGUUAAUAUCCAUUUAAUAUCUCUUGACGGCUACAGAAUGCACUAAUUCUAAACUAAAUUUGAAGGAUCUUAAACUUUUACGACAAUGAAGGACUUAAAAAUAGGUUAGAAUCAUGUCAGUUCCUUUUUAUCUGCAGAGCAGUGGCUGUUGCAUUUGUUGCUAUUAUCGUUUCUCUGCGUGAGCAUUUAAGUCUUGAUGCAGUGGACACAGUUGGCAUGAGGUACGAUUUUUGUUCUAACUGAACUCAGAGACGUGGCAUCCUGACUGAUUCACUGUCAAAUUUUACAUUACUUUCCACUACCAGUAAAAAAAAAAAAAAACAAAACAAAACAAAAAAAGUCUUAAAAUGAUCUGUACUUUAUGUGUGGCCCUUCUUGAGAAGGCCAAAUUAUUCUUAAGUAAAAUGAAAAAGUAUGUUGCACUCAUUUUCUUAAAAGCCUGUAAAUAUGAACUGUCAGAGUGUCCAUAUGAUGUUUCAUCAGAGCUGGCUGCAUUAAAAGCUUUCAGAUUGAAUAUGCUAGGGGGUGAUGCGGUGCAUGAUUAAAGUAUGUUGUUCUCUCGCUCUCCCUCACCUCUCCGCAGAAGAUUAAAACCUCUACACUGAGAUGUAAUACAAACAAAAAUAUCUUGAAAUGUUACAGUAAGGCAUGUGGGCAUACCAGUGGGGUAUUAUGCACUCAUUGAAAAGCUAUUUGCUCUUUGCGUAUACUAAUCAGACCUUCCCUCUGGAUCCCAGCACAGUUUUGGUCCAUUUCAGCCCGUUUGAGCUGCAGCACUAAUCUCAGUGGACUUUGGAAGCCUGUGGAUUGUGUGAAUGUGACAUGUUUUGUACUGUGUAAUACAGACGAGGUCAAAACCACUGACUUGACGUUGAUCGUGAAAGAUACAUUCUGUUGACCGGUGCGUUGGCUUGUCUGCUUGCUUUUUCUACUCUUAUCAUCAGAGAAUGAAACCCGCUAAACAAUGAUAAAGUGUAGAUAUUUGUGGGCUGCCUGCUCUACAGGUGAGAUAAUCGAUUAUGAUUAUGUUUUAUUGCUGCAGACACUUACUGUAAUUGUAAUAAAACAAAUAAAAAACGAUUAAUUUGACAUUUGGGGAAAUGUGUUCAUUUGCCCGUGUGGUAUUAGAUCUGGCUGUUAAAUAUAAAGCUACAGCCAGAAGCCAGUUGACUUGCCCUGAAGACUGGAAACAGGAAGAAACAACUAACCUGGCUCUGUGUAGUGUUGUGCAACCGCACCUCUAAAAAUCACUAAUUAGCACUUUAUAACUUGUUUUAUCUGUGCAAAAACAAAGUGUAAAAGCAACAAUUUAAAACGUCACAGACUCAUCACGUGCUGUGCUAUUGGCUGAAAAUGGUUGCUUGGGAACUGCUCAGAGCCAAGAAAUAAUCCAUCCCAUAACCUUUCCCCUGUUUACAAAAAAAAAAAAAUAAAAAAAAAAUUAAGUGGUUUUUAACACUUAAUUACAUUCAAUUAGUGAGCUUUAGAGGUGCUGGUAGGUGGAUUUUGUUACCACUUGACAGUGUCAGGCUUUUGCAAAUAUUCACGCUAAGCUAACUGAUGGCUGGUUGUAGGCUUAUAUUUAAAAAAAACAAAAAAACAAAAAACAAAUGUUAGGUUGCUAUUGCAAAUGCGUCAGGCGGUCUUCUCGUGCUCUUAAGUCCGUCUGUCCAUCCAGUAGUCUUGUAAUCUCCUUCUGCACCAAUGCAUACAAAUGUACUUAGUGCCUCCACUGAGCAGAAGUCUGAAGUCUGUUUUCUGUUUGAUGACUUACACAAGCUGUUGCCUUGUGUUGUUCCUCUGAUUGAUGUGCUCAGUAGGAGUAGAGUUUCUCCAACUUAACCAUCCAGUCCAGAAACCAAAUCCUCUUACUGUAUGAGGCCUCCUAAAGCCCAUAACACUUAUUACAGCUGUGCUGCAUAGUCUCUGAUAUACUUGUGCUUUGUAACUAAUGCACCGGGUGUUCAUGGUGUAGUUUCAGUGAUAUACCAAGCACUGCGUUUUCUCCCUGCUUCCUGUUUCUUUGUAUAAAUAGCUGAAGUUGACAGAAUUGACAACCGAUAAGGCUUUGCACUUAAUUUGUCCUACUUUUCUAAAGCCAAAGUUAACAUCUUUAAUAAAUAUAAAUAACUUGUUUUUCUUA